AUGGCGACUGAAUUAUCACACUUACUUCUGAUGAAGACCCGGAGAAACUACGCUGCUGUCUGUAACGCACUGGAAAGAGCAGGCAUAAGUAGCCACAAUGGAGAGGGGGUGCAGGGAGCCACCAGGGAAGGCAAAUCGCCGACCUACCUCAAGAUAAACAGACUGGGAGUCCUGUUAGAGCGACAUUGCCACGACAACCAGCACUUCCGGUUUCGGCCUACCCAGUUGUUCCAGCAGCCACAGACUCGACUUCAGCCUCUCCAACCCGGCCUGCAGCUCCCCAAACCGGCUUGCAGCUUCACUGGGGCCCCAACCGCCCGCAAGGCCUUUGACCCGGUUGCCGAUCCUGACACCGGCUCCCGGCCUCUAGACGCGGCACACGGCUCUCUCUGUUUCGCAUAA